CUUUGGGCGAUCACGCGGGGAACACCUCAAUUUAUAUUCAUACAUUUUUAUCAUUUCUAAAAUUAAAAAAAUUUUUUUUAAUUAAAACUAACUAAACAAAAUCAAGAAAGAAAGCGAAUUUUCGUUGGAAAUGAGCCAACUCAGAGCUACGGAACACGCCAGGCGCGGACGCAUGAGGCAGGCUCCCCAGGAAGCCGCAAAAUCAGAAACUGCACCCAAGCCCAAAUCCCGCGGUGGAAUCAAUGGGUCGUCUGUAAAGGAUCGGCGUGCCCAUUCCGAAUUGCUAUCGGGAUUUAUCAGCAAGCCAGUGAGUCUGAAGCGCGCGCACAACUCUACCUCCGCAGGAGAAGGGCAAGGGCCCAGGUUCAUAUCACCCCGGGAAUUUGACGAGCUUUUUCAAAAAAUAUCGGGCAAGGCCGCUGCGGUGCCCGUUGAGGGACCUCGCCAUUCCAAGCGUAGAUGCUCGAGUGCAAGCUUCGCGGAACAGCCCAAUUGCUGGACGUCCUUGGUGACGAAAUCACAGCAGAAACCGCGUUCCCAUAACGCACCCACAGCGCCAGGGAUCUCCAAAGGACCUCCAUUCGCUCCUGCGGUUGUGUCCAGUCCCCCCCUUCCGUUCUGGCCUAGAUCUCAUACUGAUACAGCCCCGAUCGGGCAGGAAAACGAAAUCGAGCGGAAAGCAGAAAAAUAUCCAUCACAAGACCUGCAGCGAGACGAAAAGAUUGCAUCCCAGAGCUUGCAGGAAGAGGACCAGAACGUAUCAAUUCUUUUACAGAAGAAGCAGCGAAAGAGGCGGGAAAAGCGUAAGGCUGCGUUUUUGAAACGGCAAAAAAAGGACAAAGAAGUCGCACUUGCUACAUCCCGGUGCGAGCAACCGCGUUCCCAUAGCGCACCCCCAGCGCUAGCGAACUCGAUAGGACCUCCACUGGCUCCUGCGCGUGCGCCCACUCCCCCCGGUUACUUCAGGCCUAUACAUCGUAGUGUCAGUGGCAUCCAGCAGCCAAACGAAAGGAUUUUACAGUUGCAGCUGGAGAAGCAGCGAAAGAGGAGGGAAAAGCGUGGGGCUGCGUUUUGGAAACGGCAAGAAAGGGAAAAGAUUUCAGCCCACAUCACCCCUGAGAACCAACAGCUUAAGAAGGCAGCCUCCCGUUUGCAGGUGCCAAUUCAGACUCAGCCGAUAAGGCGUGAGGCUGCGGAUCGGACUACGCACAAUAGCGAACAGAUUAUAUACCAGCUUCCGCGGGAGAUUGAUCAGCCGAUUGCAGCCCUGGAAAAAGACCGGAAUCGGGAUCCCAAUCUCAAGAUUUCAGAAGAGGUUGAGCAAAAGGAAAAUCGGAUUCCUGCCAAUAUCCAGCAGAAAGGCAAAAUACAGUUUACAUUUCAUAAAGAAGACCUUGCAUCACAAAGCCAGCAGGAAGGCAAGAGAUUUGCACGCCAGAUCUUGCAGAACAAAGACCAGGUCGUAAAAAAGAUUAAGGAUCAACAGGAAAAUAUUCAACGGGAAAAAGAGCAGCUUGCAACGCAAAGCAUCUUGCAGGAAAAACUCCAGAUUCAGGACCAAAGCCAACAGAAAGCCGAGCAGAUCGUAUCUGAGAAUCAAGAUCCCAGUCCCAACAUCUCAGAAGAGGUUGCGCAAAAGGAAAAUCGGGUUGCUGCUAGGAUCCAGCGGAAAAAAAAAUUACAAUUUGCAUUUAAAAAAGUGCUUGCAUCAUAUAGCCCACAGAAAGUCAAGAGACUUGGUCGCCAGUUCUUGCAGGCAAAAGACCAGAUCAUCGAAAAGAUUUUAGAUAAAGACGAAGAGAUUCUAGCCCAGCAACGGGAAAAAGAAAAACUUGCCUUACAAAGCCCGCAGGGAAGCAAGAGUUUUGCAAGUCAGAUCUUGGAGAACAAAGACCAGAUCGUAAAAAAGAUUGAGGAUCAACACGAAAAGAUUCAACGGGAAAAAGAGCAGCUUGCAUCGCAAAGCCAUUUGGGAAACAAGAACAUUUCCGACCACAUCUUGCAGGAAAAUCUCCAGAACUUAACACAGAUUCAGGAUCAAGGCCAACAGAAAGCCGAGCAGAUCGUAUCUGAGAAUCAAGAUCCCAGUCCCAACAUCUCAGAAGAGGUUGCGCAAAAGGAAAAUCGGGUUGCUGCUAGGACCAAGCAGAAAAAAAAGGUACGAUUUUCAGACCAGAUCUUAAUAAAAAUUAUAGAUGAACACGAAGAGAUUUUAGCCCAGCAACGGGAAAAGGAAAAACCUGCCUCACAAAGCCAGCAGGAAAGCAAGAGUUUAGCACAUGAGAUCUUGGAGAACAAAGACCAGAUCGUAAAGAAGAUUGAGGAUCAACAAGAAAAGAUUCAAUCAGAAAAAGAGCAGCUAGCACCGCAAAGUCAUCAGGGAAACAAUAACAUUUCCGACCACAUCUUGCAGGAAAAACUCCAGAACUUAACACUGAUUCAGGAUCAAGGCCAACCGAAAGCCGAGCAUAUCGUAUCUGAGAAUCAAGAUCCCAGUCCCAACAUCUCAGAAGAGGUUGCGCAAAAGGAAAAUCAGAUCGUAUCUGAGAAUCAAGAUCCCAGUGCCAACAUCUCAGAAGAGGUUGCGCAAAAGGAAAAUCAGGUUGCUGCCAAGAUCGUGCAGAAAGACAAAUUCCAAUUUGCAUCUGAGAUUAGCCGCCAGGUUGUAACAUCGUUUCAAGAAAACGGGCACCAAAUAGAUUCAAGCUUCGUGCGGAACAUUGCAAAUAUUGUAACUGGGGUUACAGGGGCGGAAAAACCAAACCUAGCUGGACCGAGUAACGGUCAGCAGCAACAGGCAGCAGGAAACAGUAUAUUUGUUGCUUACGUGCACAUUAUCUUAAAAAUCAUCGACCGAGUGUGCCAGAUUCAGAAAUCCAAACCAGCCGAUCCUAAUUUUAACAUCUCGGGCGGAGCCCUUUAUCUUAUGCGCCGGAAGUUGGCCUAUAUCAGCCACAUUCUGAUAGACAAAUCUGUUGAAGGAACUGUCACCGAAGAGAACAUCGCCGUGCUCGGCGAUAUCGUCAAGAUCCUCAAGGACACUCAGAAAUCAAAACCUUUCGGUUUUGAGGCAAAGAAAGAAGCCGAAGAGCUACGAAAUACUCUCUAUCACGAAAUUUCAAUGGGCUUUGAAAUAUUAAGGAGGGUCCGAGAGCUAAUAACCGGUUGGAAUAAGACCAAAGAGGGAGCUCCGGACACCGGAGACUCGGGCCAGGGAACGGAAAGUCAAAACGGAGCUGGUCGUGGUGGCGACCACCAGACGGAGGGAAGUAACACAGCCCAAAAGAGACGCAACCAGGAGGAUCAUCCACCUGUGAUCAAGUACCAGCGUGUGGACAACUCCUUUCCUCGUUUCAUAACGAAUGUGCCUGCCGAGGACCAGGUUCAUGCAAGCAAGUCCAUGGCAGGGCGGGAGCGCGAGAAUCAGCAGCAGGGCUCAAAGCGGCUCUCGGUCUUCAAUCCGCCGGUAUACACGCAGCACCGUGUGCGCAAUGACGCCCCAUACAUAGCCAACCCGUUCGACGGGUCGGACGACGAGGAGCCCUCCCAGCCGAGGGGCUUUGCCAAUGCCGCCGGUACAUCAGCCAGGCAGCCGCAUAUGCUUUACUCGGAUGCCGUGCGUCUGGGUCAAAAUGGCUUCCCCGAAGCCCGUGUGAACGGCCACUCCGCCCACCCGGUCCGCCGGGUACCAACUCAGGUGGAGAGGAGCAUCCUCACCCACGAGAUGGAACGCUCUGAGCACGAACAAUAUCUGAACCUCAUCCACACCGUGGCACACAAUGAUUCCGUGGUCAAUCGCUUCGCAAAGCCGGUUGCCCCGCCGCUGCAGCGCAUUAACAACCAGCAGCCGAGCUGGAGUUCCCUGCUGCGGGGCAACCAAUCUCGCCCAUUGCAGCAGCCUCAGCCGCUGCUGCAGCCCUCGUCUUUAGGGCGCCAGAACAGUGUGUCGGAGUACGCCAGAUUGAUCAACAGCGGGGCGACACAACAGGGCCCAGUACCGGCUCCACCGCAGCUAAUGCGCAUCGAUAGCUCUCCCAAUAUCGCCGGCAGCCAUGCGUCCACCAUUUCCAGCACCGACGGCAGCAACGAGAGCGGCAGCGACCACUCCAGUAGUGGGUCCAAUUCCUCAGUUACUGCCAUUAAUGACAGCUCGCGUGAGAAGAAACACAAACACACCAAUCACAUAGGCUCUGCAAAAUCGCUCCGCGCCAAAACCACCAGGCUCUCCAUGACCGAUGCCCUGCAUCGUCGCUUUGCUAGCUGUAUCUACCUCAAAGAUGACUUUGUGGAGCAGUUCAAAGCGAAGGCGGCUCGCAUGCGUGAGGAAUCCGAGCACCGUCGCGAGUUGGCAGUUGAGGAGGCCAAUCGCAGCACUGAAGAACGACGUGCCUACGAGUAUAAACUGCGGGAGAACAUAUUCCAGUACCGUAUCCCCCACAAGCCGAUCUUUGUCAUCGGGGCCCGGGACACGCCGGUUCAGAAGAAAGAGACAAAGCUCAUCGCUCUUACUCCGGAGCACUUAAGGCGCUAUGAGCAGUUGAUGUAUGGUGGUCCAGAGGACGAGGUCCUUGUUGUCAAAUUCAACAUGCACAUUCACCGCCGCGAUAUACUUUCGCUCAAAGGUACGGAAUGGUUAAACGACGAGAUCAUCAACUUUUACAUGUGCUUGCUGACUGAUCGCUCGGCGAAGCCAGAACUGCCCAACGUGUAUGCCAUGAACACGUUCUUCGUGCCACGCCUUCUGCAGGCUGGCCAUGCGGGCGUAAAGCGCUGGACCCGUAAAGUAGACAUAUUCUCAAAGGACGUGAUCCCAGUGCCGGUGCACUGCAACGGCGUCCACUGGUGCAUGGCCAUCAUCCACUUGCGGAACAAAACCAUCCGCUACUAUGAUUCUAUGGGCGCGCCGAACCAAGCCGUGCUGAACGCCUUGGAGGCCUAUCUGCGCGAGGAAUCCCUGGAUAAGCGCAAGCAGCCGUUCGACACCAGCGUCUUCGUGAUCGAGAACGUACCGAAUGUGCCCCAACAAUUAAAUGGAAGUGAUUGCGGCGUCUUCAGCUGCAUGUUUGCCGAGUAUAUAUCGCGUGAUGCACCGAUUACCUUCUCGCAGGCGGAAAUGGAGUAUUUCCGCAAGAAGAUGGUACUCGAAAUAGUCGCCGGAGAGUUGUGGAACUAAUGCGAUCAUAUCGGUCAUCCAAAGCUGUGCCCAAUGCACCGCACAGCCACUAGUUCUAGUUUAGCACGGAGUGGAUAUUCAACUUCUUAAUUUAUUUAUUAGAAAUCUAACAUAAACUUUCCAAGCAAGAAAUCGCAUAGGUGCUUCGAUCGACCUGGCAGAAGCAUGCAUGCGCAUAAACUUGUUCUCAUCUCAUUUUACCUUUUGUAUACAAAAUACAAUAUCGAUCCUUUGUGGUUCGAUUGUACACACGAAUCCAUCAACAAACUACUACUAAAUGUAACACUUAACGCUCUGAUGCAACGAGGAAGUAGAGGCAUCUGAAUGUAACAGAAACUAGUUUUUCAAUAAAGCGCUAUAAACGGAAUGCGAAGAAUGAUAUAUUAAUCGCGGAAUAUUUUUUUUUGAUUUUGGAAAUGUUUACAACUUCCAGUUUUUUAUCUAUGUUUAUUUCGUUUUGAGCACAACUAAAAAUACCUAAAUUUAAAUUUACAAAUAGUUACAAAUUGAUCGCAUCAUCUUUUUGGUAAAACUUUCUAAGUUUUUGUUCUUUUAUAAACACAAUAUUUACAUAAUUUAGAAAGAUUUAUUUAAAUUAUUUUGAAAUUUAUACGAAGCUUAGUAGUAUUUUAAAUAUGAUCUUUGUCUUUAUUAGUACUUUCGGAAUACCAGAAAUCUUUUUGAGUGUAUAAAACUUAUUUUCAAAAUAAUAUGUCGCGAUAUUACUGUAAUCUAAAUAAUUAUAAGAAGUAAUUUUCAAUCCCGUACUUGUAAUAACAAAUUUGGCCAAAUUGAAUUAAACCAAUACCGGCUUAUAGCAAAAUGUUGGUUAAUAUAAUCAAAGUUGGUCUUAGGAAUUUCUUAAAAUCUCUGGAAUAAACAAAAUCGCUCAGCUUAAGGUACAUAUGUAUUGUAAUAAAUUUAAUUUUUGCAGUU